AUGGGCAACGAAUCUUCGACUCUGAUAGACGAUACGACGCCUCCGUCCGUGCUCGAGGCUCGCACGGUCGAGGCACUGGCCAAAUACAUUAAAGAAAAGGAUGUGCGACGCGUGGUGGUGAUGGUCGGCGCGGGCAUCAGCACGUCGGCAGGCAUUCCCGACUUCCGUUCGCCAGAUACUGGGAUCUACGCCAAUCUAGCCCAUCUCGACCUGCCCGAUCCCGAAGCGGUGUUCGAUAUUUCAUUUUUCAGAGAGAAUCCGCGGCCGUUCUACGCCUUGGCGCGAGAGCUGGCCCCCGGCCGGUAUCGACCGACGAUCGCGCAUUCGCUGAUCAAGCUGCUGCACGACAAGGGCCUGUUGCUUAAGCACUUCACGCAGAACAUCGAUUGUCUCGAGCGCCUGGCGGGCGUGCCGGGCGAGAAGAUCGUCGAGGCCCACGGAAGCUUCGCCAAUCAGCAUUGCAUCGACUGUCGCGCCGAAUACCCCGAGGCUCUGAUGAAGGAUGCCAUUGUCAAGGGCGAGGUGCCGCACUGCUCCCAGUGCAACGGAAUCGUGAAACCCGACAUCGUUUUCUUUGGCGAAGCUCUGCCCGAGGACUUUUUCGACAACCGAACGCUGCCCGAAGAGGCCGACCUCUGCAUCGUCAUGGGCACGAGUCUUUCCGUGCAGCCCUUUGCAAGUCUACCGGCCUUCUGUCGGGACGGCAUCCCGCGCGUUCUGAUCAACAUGGACCGGGUUGGGGGGAUGGGCUCCCGUGCCGACGACGUCCUGAUCCUCGGCGAUUGUGAUGCGGGCGUGCGGAAAUUUGCUCGCGCCCUCGGCUGGGAGCAAGACCUCGAGCUCCUCUGGCAGGCGACGAAUCCCGACAAGGAUUCGCGCGAGGCCGAGAUGGCCUCAUUGAAGACCAAGGAUGAACGGCUCCGGGAUGAAGUGGAGCGACUGACCGAGGAGGUGGAUCGGACUCUGGGGAUCUCCGACGCCUACCAGCAGCGGGUACGACGACAUCUGAACGGGUCGGAGGCAAAGACAAGCGGCGAACCGGGGAAGGUCGGGGGAUUGGCGCAUGUGUUUCCUCACCUCGCGCGGCCGCAAAACCCGCCAUAG